AUGGGGAAAUUGCUCACAUUUUUGCUAUGCAUUUCCCUGUUUGAAGGAUGGAUGGUCAUGUCUGUUCCCUAUGAUCAUACAGCGAGCAUUGAGUGCUUGAGCAGCCCGAUGAAUUCUCUGUACAAAGGUGGCAUUAUCCAGAACAGCGAGUUCAACAGCGGCCUGAUGGGCUGGUUGGUGCCGGUGGGCGUGCAGGCAGGCGUGAGCAGCUCGCCGUCCGGCAACAAGUACGCGUCAGCGAAGAGCAAGGGGCAACCGUCGCGCAGCGUGUACCAGAAGAUCCAGAUGCAGACCAACACCCACUAUGCCCUCUCAGCAUGGUUGCAGGUUUCAUCCGGCACUGCCGAGGUGAAAGCGAUGUUCCAGGCUCCCAACGGCGCGUACAUCAUCGGCGGAACCACCGUGGCCAAGUCCGGCUGUUGGAGCAUGCUAAAGGGCGGCAUGACUGCUUAUUCUUCCGGACAAGCCGAGUUCUUCUUCGAGGCCGAUGGUGUGGUGGACAUCCUGGUGGACAGCGUCUCCCUACAGCCCUUCUCCUUCGCCGAGUGGAAAAACCACAGCCGCCUGUCGGCCGACAAGGCCCGCAAGAGCACCGUCAAGGUCCUCGCCCGGGGCCCCGACGGUGUCCCGUUGGCCAAGGCCAACGUGAGGAUCGAGCUGCUCCGGCCUGGGUUCCCGUUGGGUAACGCCAUGACCAAGGAGAUACUUGACAUCCCGGCCUACGAGAAGUGGUUCACCUCACGGUUCACGGUGGCGAGCUUCGAGAACGAGAUGAAGUGGUAUUACACGGAGUGGAAGCGUGACCACGAGGACUACACCGUCCCCGACGCCAUGCUCCGCCUCGCCCAGAAGCAUAACAUCAAGGUGCGCGGCCACAACGUGUUCUGGGACACCAACAACACGCAGAUGGCGUGGGUGAACCCGCUGAGCCCCGACCAGCUCAGGGCGGCGAUGCAGAAGCGCCUCAACUCCGUCGUCACGCGCUACGCCGGCAAGGUGAUCGCCUGGGACGUGAUGAACGAGAACCUCCACGGCGAGUUCUACGAGACCAGGCUCGGCACUCCCAACGUGUCGGCGCAGAUCUACCAGCAGGUGGCGCAGAUCGACCGGACGGCGACGCUGUUCAUGAACGAGUUCAGCACUCUGGAGUGGGCCGGGGACAUGACCUCCAUGUCCAGCAAGUACGUCCGCAAGAUGGAGGAGAUACGCUCCUACCCCGGCAACGCCGGCCUCAAGCUCGCCGUCGGCCUCGAGAGCCACUUCUCCACGCCCAACAUCCCCUACGUGAGGGCGACGCUGGACAUGCUCGCGCAGCUCAAGCUGCCCAUCUGGCUCACCGAGGUCGACGUCUCCCCCAAGACGGGCCCCUACCAGGUGGAGUACCUGGAGGACGUGCUGAGGGAAGGCUACGGCCACCCCAACGUGGAGGGCAUCGUCAUGUGGGCCGCCUGGCACAAGCACGGCUGCUAUGUCAUGUGCCUCACGGACAAGGACUUCAACAAUCUUCCCGCCGGCAACCUCGUGGACAAACUCAUCGCUGAAUGGAAGACGCACCCCGAGGCCGCCACCACGGACGCCAACGGCGUGGCCGAGCUCGACCUCGUCCACGGCGACUACAGCUUCACCGUGACUCACCCGUCGCUCCAUUCGCCUACGGUGCACACUUUGACCGUGGAUGCCUCAUCGUCCUCUUCCUUGGAGCACUCUCUAGGCAUCCAGGAUUAA